AUGGAUAUGGUAUAUGCUCCGUUUUUCAUUCUCUUGGGAUCCGUUUGCACUUCAAAAGUACCAUUGUACUUAGGCGGUCUAUUCCCAUUGACUUCUGAGUACCGCUCACAGGUGCUGCAUUCAGCUUUCCUGGCAGUAGAGCACGUUAACAGCAAUGACGAUGUGUUAAUCGACUAUGAAUUGAUAUUGUUGGCUAAUGAUACACAGGACACAAUUGGUGGAACUUUGGACUCCUUAUUUUACCAGUUAUUCAACCCUCCUACAAAGAUCAUGAUUGUUGGACCCCUGUCUUCAGAGAAUGCAGAAGUGACAGCUGAACUCACUGGUAUGUGGAACAUUCUACAGGUUUCCUAUGCUGGUUCUGCUCCGUCGUUGUCGAAUCGAGCAAAAUAUCCAUAUUUCUUUCGUACAUUAUCUUCAAUGGAAGAGUUCAAUGCAGCCAUCUUAACUUUUCUAAAACAGUUCCAAUGGGAACAUAUUGCAGUAUUGCAUGAAAUCAAAGAACCGUUUACAUCAACUUCCAGCAACUUAUUAGUUCGUCUUGCUCAGGCAAAUUUUAGUAUCAUAGCUUCAGAGUCUUUUGCAGCGAAGCCCACUGAACAAAUUCGCCAAUUAAAGAUAAAAGAUGCAAGAGUAAUAGUGGGUACUUUUGGUCCAGAUUCGGCAAACAAAGUAUUUUGUGAGGCAUAUAAACGAGGAUUAUACGGUCCAAAGUACGUCUGGAUUAUUCCUGGAUUCUUUGUUCCGGAAUGGUGGACCCAAGGGUUGGAUAAUUUGGAUUGCACAGAAGACGAAAUGCGGUUAGCUGUUGAUGGCUAUUUCAGCAUAGUAUGGGCAACAUGGAGUAAAGAUUCCAGGCAUAGCAUCUCAGGACAGACAGCUGUAGACUUCAAAGAAGAAAUCACUGCGAUGCUAAACACUGAUAAUUUACACGUACUACUUCCAUGUGUUUACGACGCCAUAUGGGCAUGUACUCUUGCAUUAAACAAUACUAUCUUGCCAACUGGAAAAUCUCUCGAAACGUUCACAUACAGGGACAAGGAAACGACCGACAUGUUGAAAGAACAAAUGGAUCAUACAGAGUUUCUAGGUGUUUCAGGUCCAGUGGCUUUUACCGAACACGGUGAUAGAAGGGGAGUAAUAUCUGUUGAACAAAACCGAGGCUUCGUUGAAGUAGAAAUCGGUAGAUACUACGCUGACACAGAAGACAUUGUUUGGAGUUUUACUUAUGAUGAAAUCUGGCAAACCCAUGGUGGCAAGUCUCCGGCCGACAGCGAUAGAACCAUCUUCACAGUACAUCUCAUCACAGUGUCAAACUCUGCAUCAUAUAUGAUGGUGUUUCUAUCUGCAUGUGGUGUUCUGAUUGCGUUGGGUUUUCUUUUUUUUAAUGUUAUCCACAGAAAUAAAAGUCGCACCAUUGCGUUCAGUAGUGAGACCAUUGCGUCGUAUGGCCGCACAUUUGCGUUGUAUGGUCCAAACAUUGGGUUCAGUAGUGAGACUGUUGUGUUGUAUGGUCCAACCAUUGUGUUCAGUAGUGAGACUGUUGUGUUGUAUGGUCCAACCAGUGUGUUCAGUA